AUGAGUCUUAGGUUUCACGGUUUUCAGUUUUGCUCUAAUUAUACCACUUUUCAAUCGUGGAUCUUCAAUAUUCAUACACAACACAUACUUUUCGAAAUUUUUUAUGAAAUUUUGUCACUAUAAUCACCAAAAGAUUCGAACUUUGAUUUGCAGGGCCUGCGCUGGUGACCAAGCCCGAUGGAUCUCCACUUCCAACUGACGCCAGUGGAAACUUCGUCACAGAAGAAGGCAUAAUUGUUGAGAAGGACGACGAAGGCAAACCUCUCGGUCCUGACGGCCAAGUACUGCCAACAGACUCUGCUGGAAACUACAUCUUCCCUAUCAUUGGUCCAGAUGGCAGCGUCUUGCCAACAGAUGAGAACAAGAAGCCAGUUUAUCCUGUAGUCGGACCUGAUGGAACUCCUUUGCCGACAGAUGCCAGCGGAGCUGCAAUCGGAGUUGAUGGAAAACCAAUCCCAACAGAUUCAGCCGGAAGACCUCUUGGAGAAGACGGUUCUCCUCUUCCAACUGACGCCUCGGGCAACUUCGUCAACGUCCCUUCGGCGACUGAAACGAGCAAAAGUCUUGCCAACUGAUGAAUCUGGAAACGUCAUCUAUCCUAUCACCAAGCCCGAUGGAUCUCCACUUCCAACUGACGCCAGUGGAAACUUCGUCACAGAAGAAGGCAUAAUUGUUGAGAAGGACGACGAAGGCAAACCUCUCGGUCCUGACGGCCAAGUACUGCCAACAGACUCUGCUGACAACUACAUCUUUCCUAUCAUUGGUCCAGAUGGCAGCGUCUUGCCAACAGAUGAGAACAAGAAGCCAGUUUAUCCUGUAGUCGGACCUGAUGGAACUCCUUUGCCGACAGAUGCCAGCGGAGCUGCAAUCGGAGUUGAUGGAAAACCAAUCCCAACAGAUUCAGCCGGAAGACCUCUUGGAGAAGACGGUUCUCCUCUUCCAACUGACGCCUCGGGCAACUUCGUCAACGUCCCUUCGGCGACUGAAACGAGCAAAGUCUUGCCAACUGAUGAAUCUGGAAACGUCAUCUAUCCUAUCACCAAGCCCGAUGGAUCUCCACUUCCAACUGACGCCAGUGGAAACUUCGUCACAGAAGAAGGCAUAAUUGUUGAGAAGGACGACGAAGGCAAACCUCUCGGUCCUGACGGCCAAGUACUGCCAACAGACUCUGCUGACAACUACAUCUUUCCUAUCAUUGGUCCAGAUGGCAGCGUCUUGCCAACAGAUGAGAACAAGAAGCCAGUUUAUCCUGUAGUCGGACCUGAUGGAACUCCUUUGCCGACAGAUGCCAGCGGAGCUGCAAUCGGAGUUGAUGGAAAAACCAAUCCCAACAGAUUCAGCCGGAAGACCUCUUGGAGAAGACGGUUCUCCUCUUCCAACUGACGCCUCGGGCAACUUCGUCAACGUCCCUUCGGCGACUGAAACGAGCAAAAGUCUUGCCAACUGAUGAAUCUGGAAACGUCAUCUAUCCUAUCACCAAGCCCGAUGGAUCUCCACUUCCAACUGACGCCAGUGGAAACUUCGUCACAGAAGAAGGCAUAAUUGUUGAGAAGGACGACGAAGGCAAACCUCUCGGUCCCUGA